AUGUAUCCCGGGGAAGAUAUGUGUCGUGCUAUGGAACGAGCAAUGUUUGCUUUCAGGAACCAGAUUCUCGUAGGUAUUUGUGCAAUACAAGAGCAAGAGCAGGCCAAAGAGCAGGUCCCAAGGCCUAUCCGCCAUCGGACAUUCGUCUGUCGAGAGCAUGGCCUAGCUUAUCAACGUCUGUUCGAGGACUACUUCGCCGAUGAGCCCCGGUGGGGAUCGUCGGUUUUUCACCGGCGGUUUAGGAUGCGGCAAAAACUGUUUCUCCGGAUUGUUCAAGCGAUGGAGGCGUGCGACGAGUACUUCCAGCAGCGGCAAGAUGCGGCCCACAGAAGGUCUAUCCCCGCUCACGAGGUGCACGGGGAUACAAUUGUCUGGGUGCACGGUUUUCCUGGAAUGUUAGGGAGAAUUGAUUGUAUGCAUUGGGAGUGGAAGAAUUAUCCGGCAACGUGGAGAGGCCAAUUCACCAGUGGGUAUAAGGGUACCCACCCGACGAUGAUCCUUGAAGCCAUCGUUGACCACCGUCUUUGGAUUUGGCAUGCUCACUUUGGCGUGGCGGGGUCAAACAACGACACAACGUGCUGA